AUGUCAUUGACACCGGACCAAGUCAAGCUGAUCAAAGCAACCGUGCCUGUCUUGAAGGAACACGGCACCGCAAUCACCGCACACUUCUACGCCGUGCUGCUCAAAGAAAAUCCAUCUUUGAACGGUAUCUUCAACCAAACAAAUCAGAAGACUGGACACCAAGCUGGAGCAUUGGCGGGUAGCUUGUACGCAUACGCCUCGCAUAUCGACGAUCUAGGUGUGCUGUCUCCAGCUGUCGAGAAGAUAUGUCACAAGCAUGCGAGCAUGUAUGUGCGACCUGAGCAUUACGAUGUGGUGGGCACGUACCUGCUGCGUGCUAUGGGUGAUGUGCUCGGUGAAGCAUUGACACCUGAAAUAUUGGAGGCUUGGGGACAAGCCUAUUGGCAACUGGCGAAUAUCAUGAUCAAGCAAGAAGACUCACUCUACAAAUCUGCUGGCCCAUGGACAUCCUGGCGCGACUUCCGCAUCUCGAAGAAGAUUCCCGAGUCUUCGCAGACCACUUCUUUCUAUCUCUCUCCCGUGGAUGGAAAACCAUUGCCUUCAUAUCAUCCUGGCCAAUACAUCAGCGUCUCCACUUCAGUCCCCUCACUCCACCAUGAUCAAAAUCGGCAAUACUCACUUUCUGCGGCUCCAUCUCCUGAUCACUAUCGUAUCAGUGUGAAGCGCGAAUCCUCUGUGCGGACAGGAGAUACCACUCACCCAGCCUACAUAUCCAACAUCCUGCACGCCGACAAAAAGGAAGGCGACAUACUCCAAGUCUCGCAUCCGUUUGGCAAGUUUUACGCAGAUUCCAAGGAGCAAAACAACGGAGCUUUAGUUUUGAUAUCUGCAGGCGUGGGCAUCACACCCAUGGUUUCCAUCCUCGACACUUUUGUCCAAGAAAAGCAAGAGCGACGAAUUAGUUUCAUGCACGCUACGCGAUCAUCGGAUGUCCAGGCCUUUGGAUCUUAUAUCCAGGACACUACAUCAACACACCCUCACAUCACUUCUGUCAUCUUCAACAAGCAUCCCGCUGCGGAUGUCAAGCAAGACACAGACUACAACUUUGCUUGCCGAAUGGAUCUGGAUAAGGUUGACAAGAACAAGGAUUUGUGUCUAGACGAUGAAGAGGCUGUCUACUAUAUUUGUGGCCCUGGAGGCUUCAUGCGCGAUAUGGGAGAUCGAUUGAAGAGCUUUGGAGUUGAGGAACAGAGAAUAAAGCUCGAGAUCUUCGGGACUGGGAAUAUGUCGUAG